CUCUCUCUCUCUCUCUCUCUCCACCUCUUUAUUUCCUUAUCAAGAAGGGGAUGAGAGUUUUUGCAAGGAGCUAUGGUUUCUUUGUAGUGUGAUGACAGAGAGAAUUUUUGAGUGAAUAAGAAGGAAAUUACUACAAAAGCACACAAAAUAGUCUAUAUCUCAUAGCUCUCAUCAAAUCAUGAAACUCAAAAUAGCCAUGAUGGUGAUGAUAUGGAACACGUGCACACUCAAAUAAUCUUCAUCAUCGCACGAGGGGUGAGCCGAUCAGAAUUAGAGUCUGAGUCACACUUUUGAGUGGUCAAUUAGCGCCACAGUUGUUUCGUCUCCAAUUCUGUGUCUCUAAAACUCCAAUAAUUGAUACUUGAACAACAACAGGAGUUAAUUGGAAUUAGCACAAAAGAGUCAUAAUCAAUGGCAACCUACUUUCACGGCAACUCGUCGGAAAUCAGCGGCCCGGGACCCGGCGGAGACGGCCUACAGACGUUGAUACUGAUGAAUCCGGCCUACGCGGGGUACCCCGACGGCGGCGGCCAGCCUCCGCCGCCGCCCCCAAACCAGGGCGGCAACUUUGUAUUCCUCAACCCUAACUCCGCCGCGAACAGUCCUCACGCGCCGCCGCCCCAUGCCCAGCACCACUUCGUCGGCAUCCCCCUCCAGAACUCCGCCGCGGCGGCGGCGGCGGCGGCGGCAUCCCCCUCCUCCGGCUCCGGCCACGAGCAGCAGGACGUCUCCGCCCUGCACGGCUAUCUCCCGCCGCGCGUCCACUACAGCCUCUACAAUCUUCCCGUCGAUCUGGGCCAGGACGUGGCAAGGGCUCCGCAGGGGCUUUCCCUCAGCCUCUCCUCCCAGCAUCCGCCUCCCGGGUACGGGUCGUUUAGAGGGGAUAGACCCGACCCGGUGCAGCCACAGCCGUCCCCCACCAGAGGGGACGCCGACGGAGUCAGGAUCUCGGCGGGGCCGCCGUCGCCGGCGUCCGGGGUGACCAACGGCGUGGGUGGGGUCCAGAGCGUGCUCCUCAGCUCCAAGUACCUCAAGGCCGCGCAGGAGCUUCUUGAGGAGGUCGUCAACGUCGGCAGAGGGGCCAGGGGGCAGCCCAAGACUGCCGGAGAAGCCUCUCCGCCGCCGCCGGCGAGUGGAGAAGGGCAAGGCGGCGGGGAGAGCAGCGGGAAACGCGGGGCGGCAGCCGAUCUGACCACGGUUGAGAGGCAGGAGAUUCAGAUGAAGAAGGCCAAACUCGUCAACAUGCUCGAUGAGGUGGAACAGAGGUACAGACAGUACCACCACCAGAUGCAGAUUGUGAUCUCGUGGUUCGAGCAGGCAGCCGGAGUGGGGUCCGCCAAGACUUACACGGCCCUCGCCCUUCAGACCAUCUCCAAGCAGUUUCGCUGCCUUAAGGACGCGAUUUUAGGACAAAUAAAGGCUGCCAGCAAAAGCCUGGGAGAGGAAGAUAACAUGGAGGGGAAAUUGGAAGGGUCUCGACUCAAGUACGUGGAUAACCAGAUAAGACAACAGAGGGCUCUUCAGCAGCUGGGUAUGAUACAGCACAACGCGUGGAGACCACAGAGAGGGCUGCCCGAGAGAUCAGUCUCUGUGCUUCGGGCAUGGCUUUUCGAACACUUUCUCCACCCGUAUCCCAAGGAUUCGGAUAAACUGAUGCUGGCUAAGCAGACGGGGCUUACCAGGAGUCAGGUGUCCAAUUGGUUCAUCAAUGCUCGAGUCCGCCUCUGGAAGCCGAUGGUCGAGGAAAUGUACAUGGAGGAAAUGAAAGAGCACGAAAAGAAUAACACAGACCACAAUAACAACAACAACAACAACAACAAGACAAGCAAAAUCGAGCAAUCGAACAACAACACCGACGACCCCACCUCAAAAACUCCAAACCAAAACCCGUCUCCAACCAACCUCACCCCACAAAAACACGACGAACCACCCCACACCCAAAACCCUCCCCCAAUCAUAUCCAUUUCCUCCCCCACACCCAUCCCACGCCACAUCCCAUCAGGCUUCAACAUAAUCGGGCCUUCCUCAUCCCCAUCCGAAAUCGAGGCCCUCUCCGCCCAACAAAGCCCCAAGAAGCUCCGCUUCGGGCCCAACAUGGACGAAACGCGGGCCAGGGACAGGCCUGGGUUCGGGCUUAUUGGAGGGCCCACCAACUUCAUCGGCGGGUUCGGGGCUUACCCAAUGGGUGAGCUCGGGAGGUUCGGGCCUGAGCAGCAGCAGCAGCAGCAACAGUUCCAUGGGGGAAGUGGGCCUUAUCUGGGCAAUGGGGUGUCGCUGACAUUGGGCCUACCCAACAUUGGGGCCCACCAGAGUUUUAUGCAGCCAGGUGGUGGGCAGGGGAUGCAGAUGGGGGAGGCAGGGGAGUUUGGGCAGACGAGCACAAAUGUUUACGAGAGCAUAAGCAUUCAGGGCAGGAAGAGGUUCGCGGCCCAGCUUUUGCCAGACUUUGUGGCUUGA